GGAGGAGUUAGUUCUAUUCCGCCAUGGUGUCUGUACAUCUGAUCUUCCUGGUCUUCUGCGUCGGUGGAGUCCUUUCUGCCCUGCCGAAAGGUUGGAGAGCCUGCAAACAGAGCGAACCGGAAUACGAAGACUGCCUCAAGCAACAGAUCGACAAUGCCAUCCAGUUCUUCAAGAACGGUGACAAGAAGAUGGGAAUCAUCCCCUUGGACCCACUCCACUUCGACACGAUGGACGUCGAACAAGGCUCCGGUCCUGUCAGUCUCACCCUCAAGAUGAAGAACGUAUCCUUUGUAGGCCUUUCUGAAAGUCGUGUCACCAGUGUCAAGAAUGACUGGAAGACGAUGAAUUUAACUUUCCACAUCCCUUACGCUCAUAAUGAAGGAGAUUAUACCAUCAAUGGACAGAUCUUGGUACUGCCGAUAUCUGGAUCAGGAAGAGUAUCCAUGGAUUGGUAUGACUUGAGUUACAUAUUUGAAAUGACCUUCAAAGAAAUAACAAAGGAUGGAAAAAAAUAUUACCAAAUUGAGAAAAUUCCAGUAGCCGUAGUGCCCAAGAAGGUAUCUUUUAACUUUGGGAACCUCUUUAACGGAAAUAAGGAACUCGGAGAUAACACAAACAAGUUUCUUAACGAACAUUCGGAAGAGAUUCUGAACGAAUUGAAGCCAGCGAUGUCGAAAACCCUCGAGAAAGGCUAUCGAAUCUACAUUAACAGGAUACUGGCCAAGAUACCCGCUGAGGAAAUUGAUGUUAAAUAAAGGAAUGCUAAGCAAGAUAUUCUCAUAAAUAAUCGUCUAUCAUUAGAGUAUGCAACAAUUUUGCAAAUGCAUUUGCUGCAAUAGUACAUUUGGUAUUUAUAAUAACAUCUUUAUAAAUCUGUUACCCCAAUCAUGUACAUUCUUAGUUGGUACAUUUGUGUAUAUAUGGCAUAAAUAUAUAUCAAUAUAUUGACUGAAAACAAAUUCGUCUAGCUAUAAUUAAUUAUUUUUAAAUUUUAACUUGUAUUAAAUUGUAAUAUUUAAUGUAUUUACAAAUUUUAGCAAAGCAGAAAUUGACUACUGUUCAACAGCAGAUUUGUUUUAGAAGUUUUGGAUGCUACCCCUUUUAGUUCUUGAAUCUCCAAAAAUAAUCAUUGUUUUAUAGUUAUAGAUUAAAUGGAGAUAAGUACUACAUGCUUAAUUAAGCUGGUUUUUUUUAGUAAUAACAGAUUAAUUUAAAUCUCAAAAUACAAUUUAAUACAAAUUUUGCCAUUCCUCAAAAAUAAGACGCCUGUUCUGAUUGUAUAAAAAUCCACCAUUGCUUUUGUUAUUUACUAAUUUAUUUAUGUCCAAAUAGUUAUUUCCUAAUGAUUGGUAUUAAUUAAUAAUUAAUAAUAAAAAUAAAAAAUAAAACAAAAUUAAAUGUUUUAA